GUCCUCUUCACAAGCAGCGCUCACUUUAAGUGGGACAGACAGCACGAGGACUAAAGAGUUCUGUGUGUGUUGGCCCGAAACCACAGGUGUGUGUUUGUGCGCAGACACUUGUACCUUCUGUUUUGAAUGUGUGUGAGAGGGUGAGAAGGAGAUAUUUGGCUGAAGAUAUUUCUGUUUUCAAAUGUGUUGAGCAUGUAUCUGACUGUUUUUAUGUGCUUGUUUGUGUGCUGUGUGAUUUGUGAAUGGAGGAGUGCACAGUCUGCAUGUGGCCGGUCAUCAAGUUUUUCUCUGUGUUUGGAGUUAAACCCUCCUAAACAGGGAACUUUGAACCUGAGUGUGUGUAAUACCUGUCUUUAUAUCUGCAGUGGCUGCUGUGUCAUACCUGUCUGUCUGUGCAGAUUUUUGCGUAUUAGAGGAAUUAGACGGCUUGUUCCGCAUAAAGUCUGCCUGUGUGUGUUCUGUCUGCCUAUCUGUCUGUGUUUUCGGUCUCCCUUUGUGUGUGUGUGUUUGUGUGCAUGAGCAGAAAAAUGUCGGCUCGGCAUAGGUUUAGAUGUGUGUGUGUGUGAGCGGGCAUAUAGAAAUGUGCAAGAAUGUGAGCGUGUGUGUGUGUGUGUUGCAGGCUGCGGGGUCACCGGCAGGUCCUCGUCUCCUCAGACCAGACCAGACGAUGAGGAGGGGAGCGGCUCGGUGCGGCGCAGAGUGCAGCGAUGA